CAUAGCAAUAUUGUUUGGUUCAAAUCUGACGGUGUCACUAACCCGGGCCUCCUCUGGACUUACUGGAUUGACUGCUAUUACUACAACAAGCCUUACCCUGAACUGGCGGCCUGGUUCUGUAACGACAGCGAUGGAUUUGUGUCGCCAGACAGGUUCAAUACCAGCGACAUCAUCUGUUGCCCGGACGCUGUACCAGCCUCUUUGAUUGCCAGGGUAAAGGCAGGUGAAACCGUGACCUUCCAUUAUGAGACCACUACCGGCGGACCCAUCUUCACUUAUAUCGCGAACUGCCAUGGCAGUUGUAUUACGGUCGAUCAUACUGAGUUGGAAUGGGUUAAUAUCGAUGCCGCCGGCUAUGACAUUGUGAGCAAGAAAUGGGCAUCGCAGAAUCUUAGGGCGAACAAUAGCAAAUGGAUUACUACUGUCCCUCCUUCUCUUGCGCCAGGUACACACCCA